UUGAGGAGCGUGGCUUUCUCUACCUUGUCUUCCACCAGGACUUUUGUCAGCAGAUACAGUUCCAAGAUGCUGUCGUCCACCUGCUUGAUGGGCUGCUCCCGGACCUGCUCCCGCAUCCUGGGGCUAAGCCUUGGGACUGCAGCCCUGUUUGCUGCCGGGGCCAACGUGGCACUCCUCUUUCCUAACUGGGAUGUGAGCUACCUAUUGAGGGGCCUCAUCGGCAGGCAUGCCAUGCUGGGCUCUGGACUUUGGGGAGGAGGCCUCAUGGUUUUCACUGCAGCUGCCCUCAUCUCCAUGAUGGGCUGGCGAUGCUGCUGCUUCAGCAUGAGUGCUCCCUGUUGGAAUAUGCUCAUUGCUCUGCUAUCAAGUGUCCUGGCUUUGCUUGGAGCCUUGAUUUCCUUUAUCACCUCCGGAGUAGCAUUGAAAGAUGGUCCUUUCUGCAUGUUUGAUGUCUCGUCCUUCAAUCAGACGCAAGCCUGGAAAUAUGGCUACCCUUUCAAAGACCUGUAUAACAGGAAUUACCUGUAUGACCGUUCGCUCUGGAGUUCUGUCUGUCUGGAGCCCUCUAAGGCUGUCAUUUGGCAUGUGUCCUUCUUCUCCAUCCUGCUGGGCAUCAGCCUCCUCCAGCUUCUCCUGGGGGUCAUUCAUUUCAUCAACAGCCUCCUCAGCCUGUUCUGCAGCCUCUGUGAGAAGUGA